CCGACUCCAGUAGGUGUUUCGACAUCGGCUGUGGAACCCGACGCCCCAUCGGCAUCGAUUUCUGAACUAAUCUUAGCACUAUCAGCUCCGACAGUGCUCCCUACUGCAUCGUCCGAGGAAAGAAUGGCGAGGGGAACUACCGAAACAACAUCGGUAGUUCCGUCACUUGAGGUUCGAGCCGAGGCAAGAGAGUCCGAACAAUCUGCGACUGCGCUAGUUGCUCCUUCAAUUGGGGCGCAGUCAAGAUCAAGCUUCCCCUCGCUUUCAAAUGUGGGGCCACCGACCAUAGAUCGAGGGAAAGCUCCGAUGGCGUCGGAGGAUGAUGCAGUAUCGGAGGGUCACGUGGUGUACUUCGACCUCCAAGUGCCCGUCGAUGAAUCGGUCCUGGCUAAUUCUGUAUUGAUCAAGCGACUGUGCCAGGUGACUCUCCUUCCGGUCGAUCGAAAGCAUCGGAGGAAACGGUCUGUGGUCGAAAUAUUUUCAUCCUUUUACCCAACCAUCAUCGGGUUGAUCCACGACAUGUCUGACUUGGAGGUCGGCUACACAAAGUUUGCCGACAUUCGCAGCGUGUGGAAAAAUAAGGUGGCAGCCGUCGAUGCUGAGAAAGUGGCUGCACUUGAACAACUCAAGUCGGCAGCGGAGCGAGAAGCCAAACUUUAGGAGGUCAAGAGCAAGUAGCAUUCUAUCUACCGGCUUCGAUGAGAGCAAGAUGGAUGCAUCGAAGAACUCAAAGCCGAACGUGGAUGUCAUUGAGCUAGCUUGGAAAGGUUGGCACUAGCCGAAGAAGAAUUAUCCUCUUCUCGAGCUGAUGCUGAUUUGGCUAAGGUGGAAGCAGAGUCGGCAAGAGAAGCACUGGGUUGGGCAGUCGAGGAUUUUUGAGAUUCGAAAGAAUACAGGGAAAAGAUCCUCGAAAAUGACUUCGCUUCGUACUGCGUCGGGUAUGAAGACGGUCAAGAUGCGGUCGAAAAACUAUAUUCGAACCUUGACUUGAGCAGCAUUGUCCCUCCAAGAUCGGAAGAUGGAGUUGCUGAAGAAGAAGCCGCUCUGAUUCAAGAAGAAGCACCAACUGAGCCCGAGACCGUUCAAGUCGAAGAUGCUACACUCGAGCAAAAGA